UUGAAUUCACUUUACGGGCUUGGAUAAAAUAAUAUUUGCAACUCAAAUACUGUAAAUUGUCCUCGUCUUUAAUUUAAGCUCCCGUCAAUAGGUAGUAUAAUCUGAGUUGUUUUUGUGUCUGCUGAAGGGAGCGGUCGCGUGAGCGUGGAGGAGGGCGUGGCGUGGCGCGUCUGACGCGUCUGACGCGGCGAGCUGGAUAUAGCCGAAGUCUCCUCUACACUUCAAUAGAUCAUUGUCGCUCUUGGCGCUUUCAAAAUAACAUUGUUUGUCAGAAAUGGAGGUAAACACAUGCAACAUUCAAGUGCUUCUGCAGGCAGCUGAGUAUUUGGAGCGAAGGGAAAGAGAGGCCGAGCACGGUUAUGCCUCGGUGCUUCCAUUCUACAGUAAAGGAGAUACAGAUAAGAGAAAAAAGCAGAAAUCAAAGAUUCCGUCGCCUGGGAACAACAGGUCUGUUCACAAUGAGCUGGAGAAACACAGGAGAGCUCAGUUAAAACAUUGUUUGGAGCAGCUGAAGCAGCAGGUUCCUCUGUCCUCAGAUUCAGCUAGAAACACAACCCUCAGUCUGCUCAGACAAGCACAGCUGCACAUCAAGGUGAGUCACCUUGACUGUACAAAAAAAUAUUAA